AUGAUGCUCACCAAAUUCUUAUCUCUCAUAUUGCUGGCUUCUACUCAGGUUGCUUCGCACGGCCUCAUUACCCGCAUCAUUGGAGCGAACGGCAUUGAGAUGCCAGGCCUAACAGUUGUCGACGGUGUCCCACGCGAUUGUCCCUCUGCUGCGUGCGGCGGACAGAAAGAUACCGCAGUGAUUCGAGAUCAGGAGAUGGGAAGCAUCAAAGCAUCGGCCUUGGGUCGCACUUUAAUUUCAGGCCCUGUGGACCCUAAGAGGGUGAUCGAGAAUUUCAUGACACCUAAUACCGGGACACGAGUUCACACCCGCCAAUUCCUUCAAGCUCGCCAACUGAUUAAUGACGCGGCUAGUAUUGUCACUAAUGCUGGUGGAGCUGUUCUCAAUGGCGCGCAGGAUCUUGCCGAUAAAACGCCUUUAAGUGGUGCUAUCAAGGGCGCGCAAUCGGCUGUUGAUGAUGUGGCAGGCGCUUUGCCAGGGGCAAAAUCUGGUGCAGUUACGCCCAGUGGUACUGUAGAAAACGGACUUGAGAUUUACUCUGGCAAAGGUUCUGUCAGUGGACUGCCUUCUGCUUCUGACGAGGGAGUCAUCACGAUGAUUUAUCACCAGGUAAAUCAAGACGGCGCAGGUCCUUUGUCGGCAGAUAUCGACGCAACGAGUGGAGGCACCGACUCCAACGUAUUUAAACCAGCCAGCGUUAUCCAAAACAUUCCCGGAGUCGCGGGAUUUUCAACCUCCAGCACCAUGGAUUUUGAGGUCAAAGUUAGACUGCCCUCUGGAACAAAGUGCACCGGCAUUGUUGGUAACACCAAAAAUGUCUGCAUUGUGCGGGUCAGAAACAAUGCCAUUUCUGGCCCCUUUGGGGGUUCAGCGGCUUUCACAAAUUGA